AUGGGGCAACUGCAGGACCUCCCGGAUGAGAUACUCGCUGAUAUCUUUAUCCUGAUUAGCGAUUCAGAUCGCCUCGCACUUUUCCAAGUCAUAUAUGUCGAUAAGAGACUUUAUAGAAUCGCCUCACCACUUCUCGUCCGCCAUUGGCCGUUUUAUCCCGAGAUCGUACACAAACAAGCACCUGCUCACUUUGCGCUGCAUCUCGUUCGAAACCCCCACCUCCAAAGCAAUGUCAAAUCAAUCGUCUUCGAUGAACUGAUUCGUAUCGAAGAAGAUGACCCAUUGGUUGGUGCUGACGGGCUUGAUGAACUUGCCGUAGCAGCUCGUCAACGGUUUCCAGAGCUUGCCAAGGACCCUGGCUGGUGCGAAGGACUAGUCGGUGCAAAGAUAGACCCGGUAGCAGCACUUCUCUUAGUUCUAUGUACCAGAAUCGAGAGCCUCGACGUUACGAUUCCGUACUAUCAAGAGUCAGGACUGCUGGUGUUAAACCUUGUGUCAUUGGCUCUUCGGCAUAAUGGCCCCCAAGGGCCAUUGGAGAACCUUAAACUCGCUGUGGUCAGAUGGUACGACGAAGAUGACCCCGGAAACAUUCAAUGUGCGGCACCCUUUUUCUAUUUUCCGAAUAUCAAAACUCUUGCCCUCUCAGGGUUAUCUGACGAGAUACCGAUCAAAAACAUCUCCGAUGAGAAGGACAGAAAUGAAUAUACCCGGCUGGGCUUAGAUCCUGAUAUCUACGAGACACGGUUUCCUGCUGGGACUUCGCCUGUUGAGGAGUUGUUCUUGGAGGCCGCUUGCCUCACGAACCAAGGACUACUCACUGUUGUUAGCACCUGCAAACGACUGAAGAAGCUCGUUUUCACUUGGAGAAACCCCUCUAGAAUGAACGAGGAUGGACAUAACAGCCUCACUCUCACUCGACAAGCGUUGCUCCUCCAUGCAGCAUCUUUGGAGGAGCUCGCGUUCGAUCUUAUUACGCACAGCUUCAGGAAAAACCCGGCUUUAUUAGAAAACGCGUCUCAGGCGCGUUUUGAAUGCUUCAAAGAGUGCUUUAAACAAAUGAUCAAGCUGAAGCGCCUCACCGUGGAUAUUCAUGUACUUAACUAUCGUGAUGUUUCACGAAACGAGGAAAUGGUGGAUUGCUUACCGAGAUCACUUGAGCAUCUUGGUCUCCAAUGCAACCUCGCGAAUUAUCAGCUACAGCUUCUGCAGCUUGUGGCCCUGGUACCCGCCUUUGUGCGCUGA